ACUUGUCAUGUCUUUCGUGUAAAUAUCAGCGCGCGUUAUUAUGAAAUCCUGCAAAUAAUGUUAUAAUAAUUAUUAACUGCAAGCAAGUGCAAGUUCAUCGUUCGUUAGUCCAUGUCUUAAUACCAUAAUCGGUGGACGAAGCAUGAUCUUGUGAUUGUCUGUUAAGUUCGGUGGGAUCGUCUAAUGUCCAAAAUCAACGAUGCCAGUCAUCAAGUGUAACGGGGUCAACGUUGAGUUUCCUUUUGACCCGUACGACUGCCAGAAUGAUUAUAUGAGUAAGGUCAUCGAGUGCCUUCAAUCUGGAACGAAUGGCAUCUUGGAAAGUCCAACAGGGACAGGCAAGACACUGUGUCUGCUGUGUGCUACCCUGGCCUGGAGAAAUACCUAUAUAUCCCAGCAGGAAUUAGGCAGGUGUCUGCAGAGUGCUGACGGGGAGGCUGCUCCUUCAGCUGGAGGGACGGAGGGAAGCUUCAGGCAGAAACUAGCCAAUGAUCUGAAAGAAGGAGCUGGAGGAUCAUGGGGAGACGAACAACAACAAGGGCUGUUUAUGGAUCGUCCAAGAAUCAUCUACGCAUCUAGGACUCACUCUCAGCUAUCACAGGCUGUGGAUCAACUCAAAGAUACAGCGUACAGGCCUCGCGUGGCAGUGUUAGGAUCACGUGAACAGCUCUGUGUUCACCCUGAGGUUCAGAAAGCAGAAAGUCACACAGCAAAGGUGCAUAUGUGCAGAGCUAAGGUGAACAGCAGAAUGUGUAAUUUCUACAAUAAUUUAGAUCAGAAGAAAGCUGACAAAGCGUUCACAGACAGCAUCUUAGACAUCGAGGAUCUUGUCAAGCUAGGAAACACUCACAAGGUGUGUCCAUACUACAUGGCUAAGGAGUUAAAAACCAACGCCGAUAUUAUCUUCAUGCCCUAUAACUACCUCCUAGAUGCCAGAGCAAGAAGAGCACAUGGUGUGGAACUAAACGGAAACAUUGUCAUCUUCGAUGAGGCACACAACGUUGAGAAGAUGUGCGAGGAGAGUGCAUCGUUUGAUCUGACCUCAUAUGACCUGGCUUCCUGUGUGGAGGAGACGGACCAUCUCUUAAAGAAGACCGUCGAGGUCGAGAUGAGUAAUCAAGGAUUCAGGGCAGAUUCGGAUGCAGAUGGCGAUUUUGAUGCAUCAGCACUAGCCACAUUGAAAAAGCUUUUCUUAGAUCUGGAGACUGAAAUUAACAACAUGGCACCGCCAAAGGAUGGAAUCACCAAGCCGGGAGGUUUCAUCUAUGAGCUGUUUGCGAAGGUUCACAUCACAUUUGAGACCAAGGUUGAAAUCCUUCAACUCCUUGAGAAGAUAAUAUCUCAUCUGACUACAAGUUCAACUAUUUUUCACAACAAAGCAGCUGGCCUGGAGAAGUUCUGUGAAAUAAUCAAUAUUAUUUUCAACAAAGCAUCUCCUUCAGGUCAAGUUGAAGAUUCCGGGCGAUGCUACAAGGUUCAUAUUCAUCCAUCACAACAGAAGAAAGGUGGACGGACAGAUCUCUGGACCAGUAAAAACCCAACAAAGGCUGCAAAUAAACAAGGUUAUACCUUGAGUUACUGGUGUUUUAGUCCCGGUUUCACCAUGAAGGACUUGGUUGCUCAAGGAGUACGUAGCAUCAUCUUAACAAGUGGCACCCUGUCGCCUCUCAACUCGUUCAAGUCCGAGCUCCAGAUUGAUUUCCCGAUCCAACUCGAGAACCCUCAUGUGAUCGGUAAACAUCAGAUGACCGUGGCCGUCAUGACCAAAGGACCAGACAACACGGUGCUCAAUUCCUCCUACCAAACAAGAUUUAAUAGAGACUACAUCAUGUCCCUCGGGAACGCCAUCGUGAAUUUCGCCCGUCUGGUACCCAACGGUCUUCUUGUGUUUUUCCCAUCCUAUCCAGUCAUGAACAACUCCCUGGAACAGUGGCAGGAGUCGGGAAUACGGAAUCGCAUCUCACAAUACAAGGAAGUCUUCGUUGAACCAAGAGGCAAGACUGACUUUGUACAAACCAUUGAAGCCUUCUAUGAUAAAAUCAACGACCCCAAACUGAACGGAGCUUGUUUCUUUGCUGUUUGCCGAGGAAAGGUUUCUGAGGGUCUGGACUUUGCGGACAUUAACGGCAGAGCAGUCGUGAUUACUGGUCUUCCGUACCCUCCGAGAAUGGACGCUAAGAUCCAGCUGAAGAUGAAGUACUUAGACGAAGCCCGGAGAAGGAAUAGUUCUGCAUUGAGCGGUCAGGAAUGGUAUUGUCAGCAGGCAUCGAGAGCCGUCAAUCAAGCUAUUGGUCGAGUAAUCAGACACAAGGAAGACUUUGGGGCUAUUUUACUUUGUGAUAAAAGAUUUUCUCAUCACGACACCCGUAUGCAGCUCCCGUCCUGGGUACGUCCCUAUGUCAAUGUCUACCAACAGUUCGGUAAAGGAAUCCGUGAUUUGACGACCUUCUUUAGAGAGACGGAGAAAAUGAUGCCCAAGCCGAAGGUUAAGCAAGCCCGAUCCUCAGCACCAGUAUUGAUCAACCAAUCUCAGUGUCAUCAACAGCCCAUCUCGGCGCCGCCCUCAUUGUCGCUAGCUCCUGUUGCUAAGGCAACCCAGUUUGAUAUGCACGUCCCUAGCUUGAAGAGGAACAGAGAUGGAAGCCAUGUUUCUGAAGCGCAGUUGAAGAUCAUGUAUGAAGACUCUCGACCUAAACCUGCCAAGAAGGCAACGGGUCUCUUGAAUGCGCUGAGCAACGUGGAGACCACUUCUUUGGAUCAAGAUGAGGGGUUUCUGUCUCAGAGAAGCAGUCAGUGCAAGAAUGAACAAUCAUCUCUCCUGAGACGUCUGGACGACCAGAAGAAAAAGAAGAAGAUUGUCAUAAAACAACAGAAUGGAGGUCGCUCUGUCAUGGACAAGAAGACAAGUGCAGAAUUCAGUAAUCCCGAUCAAAUGAAAGAGUCCACAAGCAGAGUUGAAAAGUUCAUGCUCCCUGCGCAGCAAUACAUUGAUGAGGUGAAGCGAACACUGAGUACAGACUCUUACAAAGCUUUCACCAGCAUCCUCCGCAGUUAUAAGAAGAACGAUAACUUCUUGGUAACGACAUCAGAGUUAGCCGAUCUCUUCGUCACGUACGAUGAGUCCAGAUACCACCUUUUCAGAAAUUUCUACACAUUUGCCCGUGCACCACACAAGAAGAACUUUGACAAAAUCUGUACGGACCUGACGGGCGUUGGGUGUGGCUAUAAACCCGAGCAUAGUGUACCCCCUAAGCUGAAGAGAAUCAAAGAGUUGCCGUCAGGUAACGAGACCAAACCCAGCCGUGUUGAAGUAAAUCAACCCAUCAAUUCAACAGAGUCUGCGAAGGGAUCUCUUCCCGGACACACCUCCAACCCCAACAAGAAACACAAAUUCGACAGCGUGACCUUGAGCAAUAUGACGGCAUCGCUGAAUCAUUCUGAUGAGAUGUGUAGGGUCAACCAUCUACAAGGUGCGUCAGUUACCAAGUACCCUCAACUGGCUCCUGAAGCAACCACGAUCUCACAUGAAGGAGAAAGUGAUCUACAAGGGGGGUCCGUCACCAAGAACCCUCAACUGGCUCCUGAAGCAACCACGAUCUCACAUGAAGGAGGAAGUCAUCCUGAGAAGCACCUUCCGAGGCCAGAUGGUUUGGAAGUUCAGUCGAAGGAUUAUACAUCCCUGAUUGUUAAACAAAAGGAAGAAGCAGCCGUAAGCGAUCGUCUCGAGUUUAUACAAAGCUCACGCACAGAGAAAAACUGUUUCAAGGGUCGUCAUCAGGCGUUGGCUCUUAAAUCAAGAGAGCAUAAGCCUGUCGAAUCAAUCCACUUACAAGACACUUUAUCCACUCAUCAUAGUCGGUCGAAUAAUCCUGUACAUCGAGAAGAAGGAUGGCCAGCUCCGAAGGAUCAAGACUGCACAAACUGGAUAGAGAGUGUGUCUGUGAUCUCUCCAGGAGCUUCAGGUAUCCUUGGUGAGAAUUCAAACCGAGUCAAGAGGAGCGAGCAGGCGGAUCUUUCGGAGAAAGAGAAACGUCCGGAGGCGUUGUCCGUUGAUCUUUCAGAGCCUCAAAAUGCUACUAUUCCUCCCGUCUUCCUUGGAAGCCAGCCACAUGUGGAAGAAUUGAAAACAACGCAGAGGCCCGAACAGGAAAGCUCAUCUCAAACCCUUAAUCAGGACGGCGUGGAUUUAAAUGGGAAGGAUCGCCAGGUUAUUGAUGAAGAAGAACCAAUGUCUUUGGAUUCUAGUGUUGAUGAUGUUGACGUCUUGGAUGCAAGCAAAGACCUCUUUGAUGAUAUUGUUGGUCAGCCUGACCACCUCAGGGGAACUGUCUUGAACAUUGAGAGUUCAUCCUCAAAAAACUGUCCAUCAAAGGAAGACUCUAAUCUUGAACAUCAGGGGCCUCCUCAGGAUGAGGUUCAAGUUGGGACUCGAAGUCGGCAAGAUUCAGACCUCGCUUCAUCGACCAGAUCAAAAUGGCCCAGAGUUCAAAAGCUUGCACUUGAGAUGAAGCGUAGCAUUAAGGAAACAAGAGAGAGUGACAGCGGAGGUCUUAAAGAACGGAGAGAUAAGCAAACAGUCAAAGAGGAAGAUCAAGUGAAGGAACAGCCGGUAAACAAGAAUAAACACAAGUCUAAACAUCUCACUCCGAAAAGACAGAGUGACAAGAAAAGGAUGUGCAUGCCUUCAGACGCUGCUAAGAGAAAAGCGGAGGAGUUAAGUACCAAAUCUGCUUCAUCCUCAUCUGAAAAGAGAACCGGACUUUUAGCUGAAGUUGAUAAAAGAAAGACGCCCAAGAAAGCGAAUGCUCCCUCCAAAUCGUUUCAUUUUAAACAAGCUUUGCUGGUGAAGAAGUCGGAGAAGACUCCAGAAAAACUAGUAGACAGUAUGAAAUCAAAGAAAACUCCUGAUAAACGAAAACUUUCUAAAACAGAAGACAACAACAAAUCAAAGAAGACUCCAGAUAAACAUGGACGUCUAAUAAAACCUCAAGAUAGUCCCAAGUGCCUCACUCCAAGUAAGAAGAAAUCAAAAACCUCAGAUGGUUUAAUGAUGAAGUGGCAGACUUCUACACAUACUCCUACAAAGGUUUCAAAGAGUACAACGCCCAGUAAGAAGAAAUCUUUACAAAGCCCAGGAGCAGCCGGUAGAACACCAUCAUCCGUCUCCAAGCACCAGGCCACAGAAAGCACACUAUCAGACUCUUCAGACAAGAGACGCAAAGAAACCAAUCCUGAGACGCCGAAACAUAAUCACAGAAGGACAGAUGGGAAAUCAGGAAAAGUGACAAGACACCGUAAAGACGAAAGAGUUCAUAGUGAUUCUACUAAAGGUAAUGAAGACAAUCUCAAAGAAAACUUUGUAAUUGUUGACGGUCUCUUAAAGCACUCAUGCGGCGACAAAAAUUCUCCAAGAAAACGCUUGAAAACUCCCAGCCCGACAAAGAAACUCAAAAAGUGCAUGCAACCUGAAGAAGACUUCCAAGCAGGUCUACAAGAAUCAAAGAGUACCCCAUCCAAAGAGAAGAAAGCGAAAUCAAAGAGACUGAGAGCUCUAUUUAAAGAGCAGAGCGAGCCACAGACUGAGAAGAAGUUGAACUGCAACCUUGAGGCACCUUGAGGCACAACUUAAAUCCAUCAGUUUUCAAGUCAAAAAUUACUUUAAAUUGUGUGAGUAGCAGGCUGGACCUGUGUGGGUAAGUUACUUUUGCCUAUUUUUUUUUCUCGAACUAAAGCCAGGUUUAUACUUCCUGCGAAUGCGAUACAAAUUUUUGAUGUCACAAACUUACUAGGAAUAAUUUGCAUCAUUGUGCGCAACUCCUGUGAAACAUUUGCUGCCUUAAAACAGCCCUGUGACGUUUAAAGUUCACUUCGCAUUUGCAAUCCCAGGAACUAUGAACGGGGCUUUACAGAGUAAAUACUCAUGCCUGAAGCCAUUCUUAGAUUUUAAAAAUGUUCGAGUAGGCUUCAAAGGGUCUAUGUAACUUUUGUCGGACAAAA